UUAAGGGUGGGCUGUGAAUUAGGUAAACGAUUGUUCAAUUAGGCAAAUCUGUUAACAAAUUGUUUAGUUCCCAUCGAUCGGAUCGACAAUAUCCAGUUGAAGGAAAAUAAACAGCUUUUGAUUAUGCGGGAUCUGAGAAACUCGUGGAAAUGUGGAUGACCGCAUGCAGAACAAACGGAAUAGUGAUUUUUGAAGCGCCCCGCUAUACGAGAGGAGGUAAAGAGGGCGUGUAUUCUUCUUCGUCUUGUGUCAGUGUCUCGUUCCUCUUGAAGAAGGAAGCAGUCGAACUGUUCUCUUCACAACGAGUUUGACUGCUGAAGCGAUCGCUCGCUUAUUUCAAUACUUCCUUCUCACAUUUCUUGGGAAGAAAAAUAAAAAACAGUGCGCUCUCGACAGCUCCAUUCCCGUGUAUUAUUCGACGUCAGUUUCGUUUGUUUCCAUGGAAUUUUGAUACUUUUAUCACUUGAAAGAUCACAAUGUCUCGUCGGAGUAUCCAGUCAUCUUCUCAGCUAUUUAGCAGCAGUUGUCGGAUUGUUAUAAUGUUGGUGCUUCUAGGCCAAGCGUGUCGAGGAGAGCAACGGCAAGGUGAACCUUCACAAUACCCCGACGGUUAUUUUCCGUUUGAAGAGUCGCCAACGCGAACUCCGCCUAAAGUAAGACGACCACCCUAUGCACAAGCAGAUGUUGAUUGCCCUGGUAUGGAUUCUCCGGCGGCUGGAGACGGAGGCGUCCAAUCGCUUGACAACUUGUGUGGCGAUUUAAACAAAGGCUACAUCCCAAAGAGUCCCCUAGGUCGAAAUGUCAACGGCCAUUCAUAUCCUUUCGAGCUCAUCCGCAAUAAGACAUUGGACUUUUUCAGUUCUACACUUCCCAUCCUGAAGGCUGAUAAGAACCUGCCAAAAUUAGCUAAAUAUGAAGAUUUUGACGUCAUCGAUAAAAUCGAUCAACAGAUCUGGAGGGCGAAGAAGAGCAAGAGAUCCACAGAAGAAGAUGGGUCAGUCACACCGGAAAUCGUCGAAGAAGAAAAACACUUAAGGCGACAGGGACGAGGCUUGUGCGACAAAAAUUAUGGCAUUCUUUGCACGAUCUUGAAUCUGAUAAACGGACGCUUCAUGUCGGCUAUCAACCCGCAGGAGAGGAUCGAGAACCCCGAUUUACUGCAACCUAAUAACUAUAACACCAUAAAAAAUACCAACCAAAUCGGAGAAGAUCCGUUAACUCCUUGCCCUUCAGCAGCAGAGUACGUCACCCCUGUGUACGCCAAGAACUAUCAAGGCGUUUGGCGGUACGUGGUUCAGAUCCCCUACGAAGGCUAUUUCACUCAGACAGUUGAAGUAACGAAAUGCUUGAAAAAGAAAUGCCAUUUCAUGGAUGGAUCGUGUCUAGCGUCUCCGCGCUGGGUUAGUUUGUUGGUUGCAGAGCUAUUUUAUCCUCACGCCCGUUUCCCCUCAACCAAACCUGGUGCUGCGAGCCACAGAUCGAUGGGGAAAUCGGUGCUGGGCAAACUGAAAAAUCUUAUUCCCCCACGAGUGGUUCAGGAGUUACCGCCUUAUAUUCCUCGUAGUUUUCCGCUUGCGCAAACAGAAACAAUAGAAGAGAAUACCGAGCACGAAGAAGAACUAAAAGUGGAGGAAGAUGAUCAGUCGCCCAGGGAUAAAAGACAAGCUGCGUCUGAUCCACAAUCCAAAACGACCUAUUGCGACGGUGUCGACGAAAUUGGGUGCUAUCAGGUUCGUUUGUACUAUGACUGGCUUCUCGUUCCUGGAAGUUGCAAAUGCUGGAAACAAGACUUCUUCACAAAGUAUGGCCGAAAGUAAAGCUCAUUCUAUAUGCGAGGGGAAACAAAUGUCGCUUUGGAUGUAUUUGUGGAAUCGGCUCAUCCGUGCAUAACUUCUUUCUUUGCUUGUUUGCGUCCAUACCGCAGGGUUUCGUAAUUAUGAUAAAAUGUGUUUCACAUCGUUAUGGUCAUCGCUCAUUCGUGAAGUUGUGGUUGUCUAAUCUUUUUCCCGCGUAUCAAAACUUGGGAUCAACUAUUUAUUUAGGUGGAGUGGGCGACAAGGGAAAAACAAAGAUAUGUGUUGUUAACCACUACGAAAUCUAUAGUGGAAUUUCGGUGUUGUUGUGCAUGCAAAAUUGUGUAGAAAAUUUGAAUAAAUAUCAACCUGCAAACGCUUUAAAUCUAA